AUGCGUCCAGAUCUUCUACCAGGUUACAGGUUUUGCCCCUCUGAUCAAGAGCUGAUCAUUCAUUAUCUCGACAAGAAAGUCAAGAAUGAGCCUGUCUCUUGUACUUUUGCUGUCAAUGAUUUUGAUCUUUAUAGUAAGCAUCCCUGGGAGAUCUGGGACAUCUUUGGUGGAAACCAUUUGGUUUCUGAGUUGGAUAAGGAUCGGGGGCUGUUUUUCUUUACGCAACCGAGGAAGAGGAGUGGUAAGGAUUCAAGAUUUUCUAGGUCUUUUGGUGGUGGAACUUGGCAUGGAGAGGAUGCUGCUACUCUGAUUAAAACCGCUGAUACAGAACUGUCUACUGGUUUGAAGAAAAGGUUUACCUAUAAGAACCCGAAAUCCCCUCACAGUCAAAAGUGGAUAAUGUUUGAGUUCAGUCUUGUUGGACAUUCAACAGAUUAUGUGUUGUGUCAAUUAAAAGUGAAGGACAAGGAUAAGAAAUUGUCAGAAUCUGAGCCUGCAUCUGAUCUUCCAAAACAUACAAUAAGAAGAGGAAAUCAGAAGCAACAGCUAGUGGAGGUCUCCCAAAACAGAACAAUAAAGAGGAAAUCAGAAGCAACAACUAGUGGAAAAAAUCCAAGAUCAAAGAAGCCAAGACAGCCUUCUUCUGAUUAUGCCCCUGAAUUUGGGGUUUCAGAAUCUGAUUGGGCUAACUCUGGUUGUAAGGAGCAGCAUGGGGUUAACAAACUUGUAGGAGAAAAACAAUCACAGAGUGUGGUUGGUGAGGUUUUGUCAAAUUUGAUGCACGAGAUAGAAGAGGUUGAAAUAGGUUCACUUGAAGAGUUCUGGAGCAUACCUGACGAGGAGGUUGGAUGGCUUGAUUAUGGACAUACGCUGGCUGAUAUAUUUCCUCCAACCCUAGCUCAUAUGGGAACCAAUCAUGUAUGGAAGCCGCUAGCCCCGUCAUAG